UGCCAUGGUUCUGCUGCACAUGAAGUGGGGCGACAAGAGCCAGUUCCUGCUGCAGGUGCCAGGGAGCACCAAGCGGGAGGAGCUUAUGGUGCAAGUGGGCCAGGUCUAUAAUGGGCGGCUCAAGGUGCAGCGCCUCUGCUUGGAAAUGGAAGAAUUACCACAACAUGACAUAUUUCUCCCUCCUAAUAUGCAAGGACUGACCAAUGAUCAGAUUGAAGAAUUGAAAUUAAAGAAGGAAUGGGGUGAAAAAUAUGCUGCUGUUUUUUGA